GGAGAUAUGACAUCACUGGGGUGUCAACGUACGAAUAUUUUAGGUUAUGUGUGCCCAUUUUUGGUAUUUGAAUAAAAUUAAAGAAACUUUAUAAUUAGCACAUUCUGAAAAUUACUGAUAACAAACGGAAUUUAUAAUUAACUAAUUAAACCCACUAACAUGCAGAAUCCCAACGAAGACACCCAAUGGAACGAUGUUCUCAGGGCAAAAGGCAUUAUUCCUCCGAAGGAGAAAGAGGUCACAGAAGACCAAAUCGUUUCUAUGCUCGAACAAACCAUAGAACAAAAAACAGCAACGGGUAAAAAUUUAUCUGAGCUCGAUUUGGACGAAUUAGACGAGCUAGAAGACUCCGAGGACGAGGCCGUUUUGAACGAAUACAGGGCCAAGAGGAUAGCCGAGCUGAAGGCUUUAGCAGAAAGGCAAAAAUUCGGCUAUGUCGGAGAAAUAUCUGCUCAAGAUUACAUAAACGAGGUGAAUAAAGCCGGAGAAGGUAUAUGGGUAGUUUUGCAUCUCUACAAACAAGGUAUACCUCUUUGUGCUCUCAUUAAUGAGCACAUGAAACAAAUCGCUGCCAAAUUUCCAGCGGUGAAAUUUUUAAAAUCCAUAUCUACUACUUGUAUACCAAAUUAUCCCGAUAAGAAUUUACCUACUAUCUUUGUUUACUUCGAAGGGGAUUUGAAGACCCAACUAGCCGGUCCUUUAGCAUUCAGGGGGCCAAAUCUUACUCAAAACGAAUUCGAGUACCUUAUUGGUAAAACUGGAGCUAUCGAAACGUCUAUAAAAGAAGAUCCCAGGCCUAAAAUUAAGGAUAAAUUGUUCUCCGAUUUAGAGGAUACAAAUGAUUGGUAGUUUUCGCUAAAUGCAAUAUUAAGUGACCAGUUAAGC